UCUACAAGGUACACAGGGAUGUUGUUCCAUAGGUCAAGCUGCACUAUGUUGACGUUAUGCAAAGGGAAUCAACAGAAAAACAUGAAAAUGGAUAUGCGGACAUGCCAUUGUAGUCUAUCUAUGAUAGGCGAGAAAAUGGGACAUUUGAAAUGGAUUUGUCCAAUGGAUUUGUGGAUUUGUGGAUUUGUAGCUGUUAUGUGUUGGUUGAUGUAUUUUUUGUAAGGAUAAAGAACCUGCCAGACUCAACAACUCUGUCGGGGAUUGGAGACAUUUGAAAAUGACAGCUGCAGCUGGUGGCUAAGGACCUUGGCUAUUAUUUUCUUUCAUUUGUGGAGGUUUCUUUCCUUCCGUCUUUGUGGGAGUUUCACCAAGAUCUUGUUCACUAAGGAUAUAAACAUCAAUUGAGCAGCUGCAAUGGGAUGUUCCCCAUCUAAAGGUAACAAUUUUGGGGCUAAUGGCACCUUUAGGAGGGGCAGGACAUUAUUACCAGAGGGCAAAGAGAGCACAGGGGAGUCCCAGUCUGAUGAUGGAGGGAGUGGAGGCUCCUCCGGAACAGGAGACAUUGAUGGAGAGACUUGGGAGAGGAGAGAUGGGGAAAGGGGACUGGCUGGGCAGACCCACUCUGUUCAGAAGGAAGCACCUUCAACCCCACAGAAAAAGAGACCCUCCCUGACCGUGUUGGUUCCAGAGGGGGUCAUCCUGGAUAAAAAAGUGGGGACUCAAGAGACAGAUAACACAGGGCAACAUGGAAAAGAGAAACAAGGAGAUAAGCAAGAAAAGGGUGGACGAAAGCCAAAGAAAAAUGUCAAAGGAGUCAAACCAACUAAAAAGAAAGAGAAGGAGAAAAAAGCUCCCCUUGUGGAGCAGAAAGUUGACUUUCCGGAACCUUUAGUGAAAGCCCACCAGGCUGCUUAUGCCUUUUUAAACCCAAGCAUUAGCAAAUAUGAGAUUCUACUGGGGUUACUGGACCAGGCAACCCAAACCCAGGUGUCUGUGCAGCCAAUGGUGACCUUCAUGGCUAUGCGCUACGAGGAAAUCAACCGAGGGCUGGAGGAAAUGGCAGACCAGGGUGAAAGGCUUCUGAAGGACAAUGGGGAGCAUCUAGCCUGGCCAAGCCCAAUGAAAAACCUAUCCAGUUCUCCCCCUCUCAAAUCUGGUUCCAUCAAUGCUGAGCCUCCACCAGAUCUCUUGCAGCAGCUACUUCAGUAUACCACUCAAAGGAUGCGAAAUGUGGGCCAGUCUGUGGGCGACAUUGGGGACUCUGCCUUGGAGGACGCAGCUGAGUACUUUACCUCUGUCUCUGAGCUGCUGGAGGAGAAAUUAAAAGCCAAGCAUGCGGCGGAGACAAGACUGAUGCAGUUGCUGACUCGUAUUGAGGCUGCCUCACUUCGUAAGCCCGGACCAGAGGACUCUGCAUUGUUCAGUGAGGACAGUGGAAUUGGAGCUGAAAGCGAGUCACUAGCUGGGUCUGAAAGACGACUCCGCCGUGAAAGCUGUGAGUCCACUGGGUCCAACCGAACCACUCCUUACAGUCCUAUUGGCAGCAAUACUAGCCCAGUCCAGCAAGGGGCACCAAGGCAAAAGUUUGUUAAAAAAAUGAGCCCCAGCAACUCCCUAAACUCCAUAGACUCGGUGUGCACCAUAAUGGGUAAAGGAUCUGCCUCCUUAGACAAUGGUGAGGAGGAGGAUGAUGAUGAUGAGGGGGAAGAAGAGGGUGAAGGCGGCAGGAAGCGAUCUAAUGCCUCACUAUCUGAUCCUAACCAGCAACCUUGUCGCCUGGCACCCAAGCGCAUAGAAAACCCUCAAAAUGUGGAAAUGACCCUGAAAAUGAAAGAUUCCAUAAGUGGUCGGAUUCGAUUUGUUCCCUCACAACGUGACAGUGCCAAAACUAAACCAACAGACAGCCCCAAGACCAGGUGCCAGUGGACAGAGCAGGGGGAGCGAUCACCAAAAAGGCCCCAACGAGCAGCCUCUGUACGGAGGGCAAUUAAAAAGACCCCUGUUCCUAAAGAGCACCGUUCACAAUCUGCAGAAUCCCUUCGCAGCAAAGGUGAAGAUCCAACACUGAUUGAACUAGAGAGGACACAGAGGGAUCUGAGUCAGAGAUUAGAGAGGAUGAGCAACGGCAGGAUGGAGGGAAAUACCAAGACAGGUCUCAGUAAACAGAAGCCAGGAGAUGCUGCGAAGUCCCCAGCAUCCAAUCGUCUAUGCCCGACCCUGCAGAAGAACAACAACAAUCUUCCAAUCCAGGACAAGGCAGGGCUUACGAAGCAUCACUCCAGGGAACAGAGGGCAGGCAAGGACAUUGAGGAGGAAAAUAAAAAGAAAGACAAGAAAACCAUCAAGGGGCCACUGAAAGCCACCCCACCUCCUAGCCCUACAUUGGGGCCAUUGAAAGCCACCCCACCUCCAAGCCCUCCAUUGUCACAUCGUCCAUCCUCAGGACUGUACCGGGGGAGGAAUUCUGUCAAAAGGCUGAUUGAUACCUUCAGCCAGGGGGUGUUAGAGCCCAACCAAGAAGCAUCCAAAGUGUUGGGGCCUCUCAAAGGGGUUCGAAAGUGUGGUGUCCCUGUUAUGCCUGGAGUAGGUGACAUUGAAGCCAUACUGAGCUGUGGGGUCAGCAGUUGUAGGACAGAUGACUUGGACCUAGAAAGUCUGCCACCCCCUCCUCUUGAAGUCUUAUUGGACAAUUCCUUUGAAGGUGCACAGAGCCUCACAGUUAGCGACGUAGAUGAUGGGGUUGCAAGUAGAGGUCGAUCCCCUAUUCCCAAGAGGGCUACGGCAUCUCAGAAGAUGCGUGCCUCCAUGCAUUCUGUGUCAGUCCUACCCAGCAGAGGCAACCUGCCCCAGGGCUCUAGCAGCAUGUCUCCUGCCCGGACUGUACGGCGUGAUAUCUCUGCUAGUUCCAGGGUUAGCCACCAUGAGCCUCAGCUGGAGGUAGACCCUGAGAUAGAGGAGGCGGCCACUCUCUACAAGCAAGCUAGAAAAAUCAUCCACUUGCGGCAUUCCUCAGAGUCUCCAAUUGAGAAAGGUCAGGCUGUGCCCAGAAGGCCCUCUCCCAAUCGAGCAGCAUCGGGAGGGAGACAGGGAGAUAACAGUCCCUCUGAGACAGUGCCUCCCACUUCAACAGUCAGUAGCCAACCACCUGCCACCCCGCCUGUAUCUAGAACCCGAAUGCUGCCUUCCACGCCUUCAACCCCAAGCGGCUUGCAUCGACGGCUACCCAGUCCCACCACCUUCAGAAAGCAGCCUAUGCCUCCAUCCUCAAACAGCCCUUCGGUCAUUUGCAAACUUCCCACCCCACCACCGCUUCAGAGAAGACUUCCAAGCCCACCUGCCUCAAGACAAGUAUUGACCCCAAACUCCAGCUCUUCUGGCUCCACACAUUCUUUCAAGGCACCCUCACCACCAGCGUCCCCAAGGGUACAAAGAUGGAGACGGGAGAACAGCAGCAAGGACUCCAGCCCAGGGGCCUCAGUUAUCUCUCAGUUUAUCAGUAACGCUCGCUCUGUUUUCUGCCCGGCCUCGUCCUCACUGUUUGAGGCCCAGCCUUGCCCCGUACCCCGCCCCCCCCAGGCUUGGGCCUCCACCAGUGGUAGUGUUGUCCCGCGAUCCUGGGGAGAUCGUGGUAGGCUCCCUAUGUCUGUGCAAGGGCCCAAGCUUUUCAUCCGACGCAGCCACUCAGACAGGAGGCCCAGUCUAACCCUGCCGUCCAGGGCACCCAUCGUCUCAUUUGCAGAGACUUGUGGGAGUGAACCAGCCAUCAGCACACAAGGGCUGGAGGACGAGCCAAGCAGAGAUGACGAGUCGUGGGACAGCCAAUCAGAUUUCAGAGGGAAUAUCCACUCUGCUUCGUACCCAGACCUGUGCAUCGUGGGUCAGGGCCUUACAUUGUGAAUAAGGGGCUGGUUGGUAGAAGACCAAGUCAGAUUAUGGAUAAGACAGAGGAUUUAAGACUUUUUUACACUGGGAAGAGAGGAAGUGCUAAUUCAAGAAAGCUUCUUUACCGGGUGGUACCACUACCCACUCCUCCCUUUUUAUUUUCUUCAGAGACGUUUUUCUAUUACGUAAUUUUUUUCUUCGAUGUGGUUUGUUUGUUUGUGUGUGCGUACGUGCGUGUGUAUGUGUAUGUGCAUGACAAAUACAAAUAAAAUGUAUAUAAACACACAGGCACACAAACACUUUUAUGUUUACAUUACAAUGAAUUUACCAAUUUGCUCCACAUACAGUACACUUAAUAAAUAUUGUGAUAAAACAAUCAUAACGUACAAUACCUUCCAGACAUACAGUACAUGGUCACUGAAAGAUACAUGUUUUGCCUUUGAUACAGAUUUAAAAAAAACAUGGAAUAAGACAAUUUAAUUUGCACUUAAGGAUGGUGUGCAUAAUUUACAUACAUUUGGUUGUUAUUAACUACGAGUGUGAUUAUCCAACAAAAUUACAAUGAAUGAAAUUAGGAAUAUCAAAUAUAAAAUAUGUGAAAUCAUAGCCACCUAUUUGAGAUUUCUUUAUUUUCGGUUGGGAAAAUGUUUUAUAAACUCUCUUUUUGACUGAUAUUUUCAUUAACAAAUGUUGAUCUCCAUAUUUCCUGUUUCGGUUUGUCAAUGUAUUUCUGAUGUUUUUUUACCGUCAUGUUUCCAAAACAAAUGUGCAUACAUGCACAACUUUGACUUUGGACUCAAAUCAAUACUAUAGGCUGGAAUUCAAACCCAUACCGUAAUGCAAUUCAUUUUCACAGAAAAUAUCAACUUGUUAUUGAUUUUCCCAGAACAUUUCAUUCACAUUCACAUAUUCAGAAUACAAUUGUUUGGCAGAUUUCUUACUUAGCUAUCAUGCUAAUUUUAACUGGGACUAUUGUUUUUAACCCUAAAAGAGGCCCAAUAAAAUUAGGCAGAGGCUGUGGAUCUGUAUAUGUAACCACCCUGUCCCGUCCCCCUGGAUACCUUUUCCCUAGAGCUGAAGAUCCGAAUCACGUUUUGUGCAUGUGUUUCUAUACCGCAAACAUUUGUAACUGUCAAUUAUUAAUAAUAAUUCUUCAAGUUUUACCGUUGACACGUCCAUGCAGCAUCGGCAUGCCAAACAUUUGAUCUCAAUCAGUUUUAUGGGGAUAUGCAUUUAUACUGAACAAAAAUAUAAACGCAACAUGUAAAGUGUUGGUCCCAUGUUUCAUGAGCUGAAAUAAAGGAUCCCAGAACUUUGCCAUAUGCACAAAAGCUUAUUU